AUGCCGUUCGGUUACAUGCCGUGGAGGGCGUUUAUGAAUGGAGACAAUGUCGUGUGCCUAGUGGGAUGCGGCUCCGUAAUCGCCGAGAUUCUAACGGUGCUCCUCACCAGCUUGGCGACGGUCGACGGUCGCGAUUUCCUCGCCGUUGUCGCGCGACCGGGCAGCACGGAUACCGACGACGGCAUCAAUUCGGGCCAGGAAACGGUGCUGUCGUUUUGGUUCUCGCUCGUGGCGGCGGCGCUGAUUCUCGUGUACAUGGGGGUCAUUUCCACGCUCGUGUUCGCCCGGCGGCGGCACCCGUUCCUCCCGCGACAGCCCAACACGAUCGCCUCGGUCCUCGCUUACAUACACCAGAGCAAGAUGCUGUACGACUUUGUGAACACGUCGACGCUGAGCCACGCGGACAUGGAUGAGAAGCUGGAGGGGCUGGGCAAGAAGUAUGGGCUGGGAUGGUUCCAGGGCCGCGAUGGCCAGACGCACUGCGGCGUGGACCAGGAGGAGCUGACGGGCAAGUACCGGCAUGGAAGGAAGUUUUGGACCCUAAUAAGCCCGUUGAAGCAGGUGUGA